GGGCAAAAGGAUCAUACAGCUGAAAAAGUCUCUCUCACUAGAAUCUUUUUCACCGGCGGCGGGACCCGCCAGUUCCCGUCAUCCUACACCCGUCGCAGUUCGAUGUAUCUUACAGAAAAGGAAGUCGCACUAACAGCCUAAACAUACACCCAAGUCCCCCCACCAUAAACACCAAUUGGGUACCGAAAGCUUACUCCAAACAAAUAUUCUCUCUCUCUCUAUCCAAUCUCUACCAAUUGAGCUUGUUUUAUAGCUCCAGACGGUGAAGAAGGUUCCUUUCUUCCCCUGUUAACAAAUUCAGGAACAAUGUCUAGUGAAGAGGUUAGAAGAGUUUCACGUGAAGACAUACAAUUGGUUCAAAAUCUUAUUGAGCAAUGUCUCCAACUGCACAUGAGCAAGAAAGAGGUGAUGAAUACGCUGUUGGUUAAGGCCAAAAUAGAGCCUGGAUUUACUGAACUUGUGUGGCAAAAGCUUGAAGAGGAAAACCCAGAAUUUUUUAAGGCAUAUCAUUUGCGAUUACUUGUGAAGGAUCAAAUAGUGCAAUUCAAUCGGUUGCUAGAGAGGCAAGUGGAGUUAAUGCACCAAGUAUCAGCUGGACCUACUACUGCCCACAUGUCAAAUGGAUCUCAUAUUUCACUAAUGAGCCAAAAUUCAGCAUGCUAUGGUCAAGAGUACACAGGAUCUGCCCUACAAGGAGGAGAUAUGCACCAGCCUUUAGGUUCCUCUUUAUAUUCAAAUGGUGGAUCAACAUCAUUGAAUCCAUGUAUGCAAGGGACUGUUGAUAUAUCCAAUGAUGCCAGAAGAAUUAAUACUUCUUCCAACAUACUAAUGGCUCAAAGCUCAAACAUGGGAUUGGUGCAAGGAAUGAAUGGACAGAUCAUGAAGCAGGGACCUGGUUAUAUAAAUGGCAACCCUUGCAUGUUUGGACCAAAUGGAGAUGUUCUUGAUGCCCGCCAUGCAGCUGGAGAUAUGCCUGUUUCUUCCUACAGUAGUGUUGAAUCACAUUCACAGCCGAUUAAUAAUACCCUCUUAGGGGCUGAUGCUGGUUAUGAGAGCCUUGGGCAGAUUUCAAGAAGCUUCAGUCUGUCAGACUUAACAGCCGAUUUUUCUCUCGGUUCUGAUAUAUUGGAAAAUUACUCUGGAUCUCCUUUCUUAGGAGCUGGUUCAGACAACUUCUUGAAUCCUCAAUAUCGGGUAGAACAACAAGAUAAUAGAAGGUUGGACACAAUAUCUGAAGGCUUGAGCUAUGAUAACUUUGGCAGUGAUUGAUUAAAAUAUCAACCACGACCAAGUCGAUUUGAAGAAAGUUUCUCUAUGUUCGAGUAUGUAUGUAAAUAAACUCGAUGGUCUGGCAACUCUGCAAGAUCGUAUAUGGGGGUAUUUACUAGUGUGUGAUUAGGUGAAAUGACUUUUAAAGGUGGUCGGACAACAUGGGGUUUUGGUUUUUAUAGGCAUGAAUCUUGUUAAUAAUAUUUGAUCAGUUUAUGGUACUUAUGUUAGGAGUAUGUUAACAUGCUAUCUAUUGGUUUAUGAUUUUCUGACUAGGAUGAUAUUGUGAGGAUAAUGGGAAGUUAUUCAUGUCAUGAUCUGCCUUUCUAUUAUGGGUUAUAACUUAUGAGUCACUGUAA